GUGGACCACCUCGCAGCUGCGCCUGUCGCACCAGGUGCGACAGGCGCAGUGGGGCCUCGGGAUCCCUGGCGCCACCGAGGCGCUUGCUCUUUGGAGGGUUCUGGUCGACGAGUCCGCCAAGAGCGGCGACGCGCAGGUGAUGGUGGUGGCCGACGUGGACUUGCAGAAUUCCUUCAACUCGGUCGAGCGACAGUCGGUCCGGAGAGGGCUCAACCGUCUCCUGCCCGAGGAAGCCCCCAUCUGCGAAUGGGAGCACAAGGAGCCUGGCAUUACCGAGUUGGUCGAUGGCACCGAGGUCGUUUUUGACCGGUGCAGCGAGCAACAGGAGAAGCCGGGAGGCCUGGAGGCCGUCGGUCCUCUGGCUGGCGCCCGCGAGCAGGCCCACGCCAAUUCGGGACUCGCUCUCUCCGAUGGCGUCCAGGACGCGUGGCACGUCAACGACGGCGUCGUCGUGUGCAGCCACCCGCUCUUUCACGAUUCGCUCGUGGCCCUGGGCCGCGAGCUGGGCGCCAUCGGUGUUAGCCGCGGCCGCGGGGAGGGGUUGAAGCGCGCCGCGAAGCUGGUUGGCCCCCUCGGUUGCGAGGCGCUGCCAACCAACGCGCCGAACGAAUGUUCUGGCACGGUGGCCAGCGGCGCGGGCGAGAACGGCGGGGCGACGGAGGGCCGCCCCUCCUUCCGCGGCGCCAUAAUCAAGGUGCGCGCGCAGCGGAGCGGCAUCGGCGCCUUGCAAUGCCCCGUCGCCGAGGACACGCUGCAGGGGCACGACGCAAGCACCAAGGCGUCCCUCGAAUGCGCCUUGGGCGGCGCCCUGCCCGACGCUGCCUGGUGGGAGGCCUCCGCGGGCGCCGCUCACGGGGCGCUCGUGCUCCGAGCUGCUGACGAGACGGCGCUGCUGGCUUUCCUCGGCUCUCGGGCGGCCUGUCGACCUCUCGUCGAGUUCUUCCUGCAGAGGACCGCUGCCGCGCGCCUCUGCGACGCCGACGUGCUCCUGGGGCGCUGUGACCAGGGGGCCAGUGACGUGUUGGCGAGGUUCGCUGCGUCUUUGUCGUUCGACAGAGAUGACGAG